AUGGCCCAGCAAGUCUCACGCCCUCUGGUUGCACAUCCCCAAACUCUUGACCAUACCAAGGAGAAGGCUUUAUUUUCUAGGCACCCCUUGCACCUGACUGCGCAGGCCCGGGACUCUCCGCCAAGGUCUCCUCCCAUCCCCAGAGAAAGGGCUGGGUGGGGAGACCUGGGGAGGAUUUUGAGGGGCCGGAGGUCAGGCGCGGCCGGGGGAGGCUCUGAGGAGACAACACGGCCAGCGCGGCGCUCCUGCAGCCUCCACCGCCGCGGAGCUUCCUCCCCUGCUCCCGCCUUUCCGGGCGGUCCGGCGACGGGGAGGGCAAGCUUCCUGCGCCAGCUCCCCUGGCGCCUGCUGCCGGGCCCGUUGGUGGCCCCGCCCGAGAGCUGGCCGGGCCGCAAUGGGGCGGGUCGGGGCCUGGGACUGAGGCCGGCGCUGGGGUCUGGGCGGAGCGCGCCGCAGACUAGAGACCGGCCCCGCCCGGCAGCGCUGGGAGUCGCCCCCACCUCCCCACCGCGCGCAGCGGCCGCCGUUGCCAAGGAGACUGCGAUAGCAGAGGGGAAGUCGCCAAUGGCUACCUGGAUCGAGUCCCCUUUGUAUUUCGUUCACAUCACCCUUUUUUCUUCCACCGAGACACCGCAUCCUUUGGCUACCGUCGGUGGCGCGGUGGUGGGAGUGUAAGAGGAGGUCUGCUUCCGCUGCCACCAUUACCUGUUUCUUGGAUGGUUAAGCUUGAGUAAAGGAAACUUCUGGGAAGUGGCCAAAGACCCUUGACAUGCCCCCCGCAGAGGAAACAUCGCUGACGUCAUCUCUGCUUGUCCACUCUGUGCUUCAGUCAAGCCCAAGGCCAUCCCAGCGGCAAACUUUUGCUGCCCUCUCCCAGAAUGCCUGCUGAAACUGCCUCCUUGAGUCUGAAGGGGACCAGUGGAAACUUUGGGGGACAUAUUUUCGGGAGGCCAAGGCUCAAAUUGCCUGCCCAGGAACACAGUCAAGGAAGUGCUUUGGUCUAUUCUAGGCUUGUGGUCCAACACCAGAGACAGCUUCCUUGUAAACUCGAAGAGGUUGAUCAUGGGUCUAUUAUUUGCAUAGUGUAUCUUUGCAUCUGCAUUCACUUAAUAUCCAAAUGCUUAGAAAACUGCCAGCCAGUUUUGUGGCUCUAACAAGGCAGUGUCUUGUUCUUUGAAAGCCUCCGAGUAAAAACAGUUUAUAUGUGC